UUCAUUUUCCUCCUCGUCCUAAAAAGCUAUCAUUUUUUUCUCUCUAUUUGCUUCUAUCUAUCUCUCUAUCGUCCAAGAAUUCAUGUCGGAUAAGGGUCGGCCAUUGCCAAAAUUUGGUGAAUGGGAUGUCAAUGAUCCUGCAUCAGCCGAGGGAUUUACCGUGAUCUUUAACAAGGCAAGGGACGAGAAGAAAACUGGAGGAAAAGUCGAACCACCUUCAGGAGGUAAUAAUAAUGGCAAGCCUGGAGCAGAAGCCACCAAAACCCAGCCUAAAAAAUGGCUUUGCUGCAUGCACGCCCCGCCUGCAGAAUCUUAAAAUAUCCCUGCCUAUAAUAGAGCUUUCCACAAGAAUGUUCAAAACCCCACCAUCCCAAACAAGAUAGAACCCUAUAGGGCUGGAAUAAGCCCUUCUGGAAUUUUUAUGUUUUUUUUAUACUUUUUUUUAAUAUUUAAUUUAUGGUGUAAAAUUUGAUUUUGGUGGGAUGAAAUGAAAGAGUAAAGAAGACAAAGAAACACAUGUAUGUAUGUAUGUAUUGAUUUGGUGGGUUAUAUAUUAUUAGAAACUGAGCUAUUUAUUCU